UGAGUGUCAUGUCGUCUGCACGACUGUGAAACUGGUGUGUUUGCCCAUUUCUCCUCCAGGUCUAUGGUUUGCCGUUAAAGCUGCUGGUGCUGUGAAUUCGUCUGUCUUUUCAAGAUCUUUCAAAAUUUUGUUCAUAAUGUCUGGUCGACCAUCCGGUAUCAGUUAUGUCAAACCGAGUGAACCAAGCUUUCUGGCGAAAUUUAAGCAACAAGCAGGCUACAAGGAAGGCCCCAGUAUUGAAACAAAGAGAGAGAUUCCCAAGUUUGAUGAAGAUGAUGAUGACGACAACAGACCAGAGGCUGAUGACGAGAAGCCCACAGUUGUCGUGCUUCGUGAUGGGGACUUGACGCAGGAAGAGGCAGAGGAACACAUGAAAAAUGUGGAAAAAAAAGAAGAGGAGCAGCCGCCAGUUGGGAAGAUCAUGUUCAAGAAACCAGUCAAGCGCUCUACAGAGGAGGGUGGUGCCUCGGAUCUCACUGCCAGCUCGGCAAAGAAGAAAAAGAAGGAAUAUGGAGGUAAGGGGUCCACGGACAGGAAGGACGAAAGGAAGAAGGUGAAGAACACGUCCCUGCUGUCGUUUGGUGAAGAUGAGGAG